CUUGCACUGCCUACUUUGUGUUUCCAGAGGAGAGGAACUACAUCUGUGACCAGUGCGGCCAGACCUUCAAACAGAGGAAACACCUCUCAGUUCACCAGAUGAGACACUCCGGGGCCAAGCCACUGCAAUGUGAGGUGUGUGGUUUCCAGUGUCGCCAGCGAGCAUCGCUUAAAUACCACAUGACCAAACACAAGGCGGAGGCGGACCUGGACUUUGCGUGCCUGAUGUGCGGGAAGCGCUUCGAGAAGGCCCACAACCUGAACGUCCACAUGUCCAUGGUGCACCCGCUGAUCCAGGCCAAGGUCCAGAGAGGGGGCAGCGAGCAGCCGCCAUACUCUGAGCUGCACGCACUGGCUCUGAGUGGGGAGGGGGGGCAGCAGGAGCAGGACAGAUGACAGCAGGCGUGCCGCACCGGGACAUAACCCCCC